ACACACCCCCACCUCGCAGAUAUUCGUGGUCCGGUGCGACUGUGAUUCCAGUUGUUUUCAAGUCCUCGCACUAACAAAGAGUCUCGGUGCUGCUGCCUUACAUCCCUGCGUAAAUGUCACGAGUGACGCGCGACUAACGACUGACACUCCUGCAGCUGAAUUCGAGUUGAGAAGCAAGAAGUGAAAAGCAAAAACUGCACUUUGCUUUCAAGAAGAGAACUAAGCAGAGAGUUUAGCCACAUUGAGACGGACCAGACUGAACGUAAAGUGUGAAAAUGGUGUCGGCCGGACUGGAGAUUUUGGGACUUUCCAUGUGCGUAAUUGGCUCGCUUCUUGUGAUGGUUGCGUGCGGGUUGCCCAUGUGGAAGGUGACGGCUUUCAUCGAAGCCAACAUCGUGGUGGCUCAAACACUCUGGGACGGCUUGUGGAUGUCGUGUGUUGUGCAGAGCACGGGCCAGAUGCAGUGCAAGGUGCACGACUCCGUCCUCGCUCUCACACACGAUCUCCAGGCGGCCAGAGCGCUCACCAUCAUCUCCUCCGUGAUGGGCGUGCUGGGUCUCAUGGUUGUGAUUGCGGGCGCACAGUGCACCAACUGUAUUCGUACUGAGUACAUCAAAGCUCGGGUGGUGAAUGCCGGUGGGGUGAUCUACAUUCUCAGUGGCGUCUUCGUGCUCGUGCCUCUUUGCUGGAUGGCCAACAACAUCAUAUCGGACUUCUACAACCCGCAGGUGCCCCCAUCCAAGAAGAGGGAGAUCGGCGCUGCGCUCUACAUCGGUUGGGCGGCCACAGCGCUGCUACUGAUCGGAGGAGUGCUGCUGUGCUGCUCCUGUCCCUCCAGCGACAACUCGGGAUAUUCGGUAAAAUACGCACCGACCAAAAGAGCCGCCACGCAGAACGGGGACUAUGACAAGAGGAAUUAUGUGUAGCUUUGUGGCUCAGAGCAGGUGACGCGUAACCUGCGGCUUUUGAAAAACUGUUUUUUAUGGACUUUAUCUUUGCACCUGCAGUUUUUUGUUUGUUUUUUUUUUGUUUGUUUUUUUUGUUUUGCUUGUUUGUUUGUUUUUCAGAAAUCUGAACCUUGAAAAUCAAUGGAAGCACCUCUUUUGUUUAUACACUGGCCUUUCAAUAUGCUCGGACCACACAUUCACGCAUCCUUUUUUGCGUCUGUCUACAAGAGAUUAAACAAAGACUAUCAACUACAAGCGGUAGCUCACGACAAAAAGGAGUAUCUUUGUUAGGUACCAGGUUUUGUAAAUUCUCGAAAUUAUUAGUAUUUUGAAUUGUUUACCACUAUAACUACUUUGUUUUUUAAUUUUCUUGAGGAACACCUAAAAUAUAGGCUAUUCUUUUGCCUUGUACAGUAACUUGUACAGUAAGCGAGAAUGUUUGCACUCCCACAUGUUCAAAGACCAGUUUCCUUUAGGGGGACUUGACCAAUGUAAAAUGUUUUGUCCAGCCGUAAGACAUGCUUUUGUUUUGUUCUGGAGUUGAUGGGAGGGCGUGACUUUGAAGUUUGCUCAUAUUUUGGACCCUUAUAUUCCGGAGCUGUAGCCUAUAUGUGACACGAACAGCGUGUACAUGAAAAUGUUCAGCAGGCACAGUGUAGGCUGCAGCCUCGAGAAACUGCAAAGUUUUCCCUUCAUUGUUCCUGCAGGAAGUCGUUUGUCUUUUCACAAUUUCCAGGAAUAAACUUUGUUUUCUAUCGUUGA